AAAGGAGAGAGUGGAACGCUCGCCAAGGUACACAUCUACGGAAUUACCAGAGCCACUUCCGCCCACACGAAAGAUGGCGGCUCCCUUGAUGGAGAAAUUGUCGGAAUCUUUAGGUUCUCCAGAACCUGCGGUUCGCCUGAUUCUGUCCGUUUUAGUCGGGUACCCCUGUGCCCUGCUGUACCGGCAAUUCUUCUUCAACCAGCCACCUACUGUCAUUCACUUAUACCACGCCAUCUCCGGACUGUCUCUGGCAGCUUUCAACUUUGCAGGCACACAGCUCUAUCACUCUGCAUUGUGCGUCCUUGUCCAGUUCCUGAUGAUGAGGCUUAUGGGAAGGACGAUAACAACUGUCCUGUCCAGCUUUAUUUUUCAAAUGGCAUACCUGCUGUCAGGCUACUACUACACAGCUACAGAAGAAUACGAUAUCAAAUGGACCAUGCCCCAAUGUGUCCUUGCACUCAAACUUAUCGGUUUGUCAUUUGAUUACUAUGACGGUGGCCAGGAACCAUCCAAGUUGAAUGAGGAGCAGAAGAGGUCAGCCUUGGCCAAUGUUCCCUCCCUGCUGGAGGUUAUCGGCUUCUCCUACUUCUACGGAGGCUUUCUGGUGGGACCCCAGUUCACACUGCGCAGCUACCAGAGGCUAGUCAAAGGGGAGCUCACCGACUGCCCCGGACAGCCACCUAACAGUGUUAUACCUGCUAUGAAGCGGUUCUCCCUCGGCCUCCUCUGCCUGGUGAUCUACGCAAUAUUUAGUCCGCACUACCCAGAUAGCUAUUACCUAACAGAUGAGUACGACGCGCAGCCGUUCUGGUACCGCUGUGUCUUCAUCCUCCUUUGGGCCAAAGUCAUCCUGUACAAAUAUGUGAGCUGCUGGGUCAUAGCGGAGGGUGUCUGUAUACUCUCUGGGCUCGGCUAUAAUGGGCUGGGUCAGAAUGGCGAGCACCAAUGGGACGCCUGUGCAAAUAUGAAGGUGUGGACGUUUGAGACCACACCCCUUUUCACAGGCACCAUCGCCUCCUUCAACAUAAACACCAACGCCUGGGUGGCCAGGCACGUGUUUAAACGGUUGAAGUUCCUGGGCAAUAAGCUCCUGUCUCAGGUGACCGCGCUCGCGUUCCUGGCCAUCUGGCAUGGCACGCACUCUGGAUACCUCCUCUGCUUCUCCAUGGAGUUCAUCAUCGUAAAUGUGGAGAGACAGGCCCAAGCGCUGGUGAGGGACAGUCCCCUGCUGACCCGCCUGGCCAACAGUCCUCUCUACCCCCUCAUCUACCUGGUCCAGCAGUUCAUCCACUGGCUCUUCAUGGGCUAUCCUUUGGUGCCCUUCUGCCUCUUCACCUACGACAAGUGGCUCAGGGUGUAUUCAUCCAUUUAUUUCUGUGGCCACAUAUUCUUCUUCACAUUGUAUCUAGUCAUCCCAUAUCUCCGCAAGGUUCUGGUACCUAGAAAAGAACGGAGCGAGAAAAAGGAGGACUAGAACUGUUAGGUCUCUGGCUGAAUCUCCACCCAGGAUGUGACUGAAGGGAACUGUGACUUUUAACUAGGAGCAGAUCAGAAAAUAUUUUAAAGCCUUUAAUAUUAUUUGUGUGUACACUUUUUUUUCUAUUUAUUUUUGUGAUUUGGAAAGGAUGCACGUUUUUUGAGACCAGGGAGAUGAGGGUACAGGAAAACCUUUGUGCCACAAUUGUGAGCCAAUCGCGGGGUGUAUUCUUGAUUUUAGAGAACUUGAGAGACUGACGUCUUGUAUACUCAGAAUAUUGCACUCGCCACUCACGGGCUCUGGGUCCGUAGACUGCUCUGUUUUUAUGAUCUCUCUUCCUGUUUCAACCCUCCCCUCAAGUCCAUAUAGACGGAGUAUACAAAACAUCCUAAUAUUGAGUUGCGCGCC